CGUACAACUUCCUAGAUGGACGACAAGCUUGAAUUUCGCAGGUGAUGGCCUCUUAAUAUCUCGGUACCUUUCCCCUAGCAAUUGCAUUUCUUCUCAUUCAAAAUACCAAGUUUGACACUCCAACUGAAUUGUACGAGUCCGAUUCGAGCUCCCAAUCGACAGCAUGACGAGCUUGGGUAGCUUGUACGCCUCGGAUGGCAACCGCCUGGAGCUCAAGACCAACAUGAAUGUCGACUAUGUGAUCAACUACAAGAUCCCAGUUGAGGCUAAAGCUGAAGCCGAAGCUGGCUUCUCCCAGUUGAUUGCAGUUCUCACCAAGGCUGGACUUGCCUCCGAAGUACGACCUGGUAUCAACAACUCCUCUGUUCUUGUCUUCGUCAAGGUUGCCUCCAACAGGUAUCUCAAAUCCAAGAUCUACCGCGAACGAGUACAAGAUUGGCUGUAUGGCGUCCGAAUCAAAGCUCCUGAGAAAGGUGUGGACAGGGUCUUUGAAGACGAGCCCGUCAGCGAUGCAGAGCGACUCCGCAUGGUCUACCUCUUGUUGACCAAUCCCAAGAACGAUGGCGGUGCUGGUCUGACCCCCAAGACGGGCCAGUGGAAAUACAUCGACUCGAUAUUCCCGCUUCACAACCAUGAGUUCAACAGGCAUUGGAUCAAGCAGUGGAGCAGCAAGUACGUCCUCAGCGAAGAGGACCUGGAUCAGAUUCGUGACAAGUUCGGCGAGAAGAUUGCAUUCUACUUUGCCUUCUUGCAGGCCUACUUCACCUUCCUGCUGUUUCCUGCAGCCUUCGGGUUUGGUGCCUGGUUGAUCCUUGGACAGUACUCAUGGAUCUACGCCGUGGUAAAUUCUUUGUGGUCUGUUAUCUUCUUUGAGUAUUGGAAGAAGAAGGAAGUCGAUCUUGCCGUUCAAUGGGGCGUUCGUGGAGUGUCGAAAAUCCAGCACCCACGAACGGAGUUCCAAUGGGACCACGAGGGUACAGACCCAGUCACUGGAGAGCCUAUCAAGAUCUACUCUCCUCUCAAGCGACUGCAAACUCAAGUACUCCAGGUUCCAUUCGCUGUGAUUUGCGUUCUGAUCUUGGGAGCGUUAUAUGUCUUCUGCUUCUCCAUUGAGAUCUUCCUCUCUGAGAUCUACAAUGGACCAUUCAAGUCAUACCUCACCUUCCUCCCCACCAUCAUCCUGUCUGGGCUACUGCCCACUUUGUCUUCAGUUCUAGGCAAUCUUGCCGAAAAGCUCACAGGGGCUGAAAAUUACGAGACCCACGACGGCCACGAGUCUGCCCUGAUUACGAAGAUUUUUAUUGUCAACUUCAUCACGUCCUACCUUCCGCUCUUCCUCACCGCAUUUGUGUACAUGCCGUUUGGAAACCUACUUGUUCCGUAUCUCGAUAUCUGGAAGAUCACUGCAGAGAAGAUUUCUUCGAGCGAGAAGAUCUCGACCCAAGGUUUCGAAAUUAAUCCUGAUCGGCUGAAGAAGCAGAUAAUCUACUUCACCGUGACAGCCCAGGUCGUCAACUUGGCUUUGGAGGUGGUCGUACCGUACUUGAAGCGUAAGAUCUUCCAAAAGGUGAAGGAAGUUCAGUCUGAGAUGGCUCAGAAGAAUGGUAACGACAUGACGUCGGUCCAAGAUAUUCCUGAGGAGGCGGCGUUUUUGGCCAGAGUUCGCAAAGAGGCAGGACUUGAUGUCUAUGAUGUCUCUGGCGAUUACCGGGAGAUGGUGGUCCAAUUUGGUUACCUCUCACUGUUUUCAGCCAUCUGGCCUCUGACGCCCAUGUCUUUCUUCAUUAACAACUGGGUGGAGCUGCGAUCCGACGCGAUGAAGAUUGCUGUUAGUAGCCAGCGACCUAUUCCAUGGAGAGCGGACUCAAUUGGGCCAUGGCUCAGCGCGCUUGGUUUCCUGUCAUGGUUCGGGAGUUUGGUCAGCUUUUCCAUCGUCUACCUCUUCACCAAUGACCCAGAGGGACCUGGUGGUUCGCCUUCUAACAUUAAGGCGUGGGGUCUCCUGCUCACUAUCCUGGGUGCCGAGCACAUUUACCUUGCAGCACAGUUCGCAGUCCGAUACGUCAUGAACCAGAUUGACAGCCCUGGUCUACAGAAGGAAAGAGCGGAGAGGUUCAGCAUGAGAAAGCAUAUGUUGGAAGAGACCUUAGGUCAGGAUAUCACUGAAAAGCCUGAGCUUCCCGAUGUGCACACCGGCGAGAAGAUCACUAGAGCUGCGUUGGAGGACGAAGCCAGGCGCGAAUCGACCGUUGGUGGUGGUACACCUGAAAUCAAAUUCUGGCAGCGCCAGCAGGGAGCGGAGGAGACUGCCUCGGUUGGUCGUGACUUGAUCUCUAAGAUGGCAUCAGGAAAUAAAACCGCCAAGGCCUAGGCGGCCCUGCCCGGAACGAUAUGGGAAAUUGUUGAAGGUGGGGUGGUGGGAUCGAUCGUGGCGUUGCUCGUCGACACAGUAAUGUAUGCAUGAAAUAACGAAAGCUCCUGUCCCUUCCUCUCUGCCUUGUGAUUUUGCUCUACACAAACUCUACACAAAAGCACCUUGAUUUGUUUUUACUGCGCGCGUUUUAAGAAUGAUACGGUUUGGCUAUGCAAAAGGAUCAAUUUGCUGGGGUUCCGCAUUGCAGAGGGCCGACGUUAGCUGAUAUGGCGUCUUAAUGGUCGACGACUUGAGGGUCAAAUAGCCGACCGAAUGACUCGAGGGAGGAAACACGUCCCACCCUUUGUAAUACCUAUGCACCAUUGAAAUCAUGCGUGUUCCUCGCUCAAUGUCGUUGUGAUCUACCAAGGCUUCAAAAGCCCAGU